AAAACAAAUAUUUUUGAAGUAAUAUUGGUUAGAAUGCCUUCCUCGUCAAACAAUAGUUUGGAGGCGAUUGUAGGGAAUGACAUCAGUAGUCAUAGGAAAGACCGAGAAAGAAGCUAUCGACGAUUCACCUCAGCCGUCAGCAUCCGGCAUGGCCGCUUCCGCCAUAGACGGCGCAGCAGCGACGGCGCUGCGAUCGGUUCUGCAGCGGGUUCAGGUGGCCGCCGAUCGAUGUAGCCGUCAAUCGGAUCGGAUUCGGGUGGUUGCGGUGAGCAAGACCAAGCCAGUUUCUCUCAUCCGCCAAGUUUACGACGUCGGCCACCGCUGUUUCGGCGAGAAUUAUGUCCAAGAGUUCGUAGAGAAAGCUCCGCAGCUUCCUGAGGAUAUAGAGUGGCAUUUCAUUGGGAAUUUGCAGAGCAAUAAAGUGAAGCUGCUUCUGACUGGUGUGCCGAAUCUUGCUAUGGUAGAGACAGUUGAUGACGAGAAGAUUGCAAAUCAGCUCAAUCGAGUAGUUGGAAACAUUGGAAGGAAACCUUUGAAGGUUUUUGUUCAAGUGAAUACAAGCGGAGAAGAAAGUAAAUUUGGGGUUGAGCCAGCGGGGUGUGUGAGCCUUGUCAAACAUGUUACUUCAAGCUGCCCUAACCUUGAAUUCUGCGGCCUAAUGACAAUAGGAAUGCCUGAUUAUACUUCGACGCCUGAGAACUUUAAGACUCUGGCGAGUUGUAGAAGUGAGGUGUGCAAGGCAAUUGGAAUAACCGAAGAUCAAUGUGAGCUUUCAAUGGGCAUGUCCGGUGACUUUGAACUUGCAAUUGAAAUGGGAAGUACAAAUGUCAGAAUUGGAUCUACAAUAUUUGGAGCUAGGGACUAUUCAAAGAAGCAAUAGAACAACCCGAGUCCACCGGAGAAGAAUCGUAUUUGUUGCUUAGGCUCCGUUUGGUUGCCUUGUAUCAGCGGAACAAAUAAUAAGCUUUUACGGUUAAAUAGAGCUCUAUUGAUACGGUUGCUGUAGUAGUAAAUAAAACUCUUAGAAUCCCCAUUUUUUUAAAAUCAACUUUGUGUUUAUUACUCUCGUUUUUCCAUCAUCUCCGAUGGAGUCAAAAUUUCACCAUUUUUGGUUUUGGGGUGUGAUGGAAUAAAUCAAAAUGGAUCUC